GCGUAGAUACUCGCUAAGUCCCUAUUAGAUCAUCAAACUGAUUCAAAGAGUAAAAGAGUAGGGUUGUAUUUACUGUGGUAUUGGGUUGAACAUAGGUGAAACAUCUGGGUACUUUUGAUGGUGGUAGAACAAAUAUGAUGCAUACUGUGUUAAUUCGGUCUCGGCCGGUGCAACAGCUGCUUGUAAAUAAUGUGCCAUCCCUACGAAAAGGAACAGCGGUGUCAUGUGUUCAGAUGAAACAUCAGUCCACAGCCGUGCAACAAUCAAAAUCUGAGGUAGCUCCAGCAAAACGACCCUACUCUCCUUUUCAGAAUACAAGCAAUCUGGCAGAAUAUGCAAUAGCUAGACUGGAUGAUUUAAUGAACUGGGGACGUAAGGGUUCAUUGUGGCCGCUGACUUUUGGUCUGGCAUGCUGUGCUGUGGAAAUGAUGCACAUCGCUGCACCCCGAUAUGAUAUGGAUAGGUAUGGCGUUGUUUUUCGUGCCUCUCCACGUCAAGCUGAUGUUAUUAUUGUUGCUGGAACAUUAACAAACAAAAUGGCUCCAGCCUUGCGUAAAGUAUAUGACCAGAUGCCAGAACCUCGAUGGGUGAUUUCUAUGGGUAGCUGUGCAAAUGGUGGUGGUUACUACCAUUACUCAUAUUCUGUUGUUAGAGGAUGUGAUAGGAUUAUUCCAGUUGAUAUUUAUGUUCCAGGAUGUCCUCCUACUGCAGAAGCUUUACUGUAUGGUAUUCUGCAGCUGCAAAAGAAGAUAAAGCGCAUGAAGACUCUACAGAUGUGGUAUAGGAAAUAAGUUGUACAAAUGUAAAUGUAUAUAAGCACAUAGCAUUAAAUCAACAAUGGAAUUUAUAUUUAUUGUUCCAAAAUAUUCAUGGAAUGUGAUAAUUUAGAUUAAAAGAAACUUCAGAACAAGUGAAAAA